GAAGUCGUAAGGAAAGUGCCUCUCCUUCACCUCGAAGAAAAGCUGUCUUCCACAUCUCCAUAAAUUGCUCCCUCAAAAAUGAUUUUUCUCGAAACCCUUUUCGUUAUCUAUCAAUUUUAUCCGUACUAGCUCUGCAGUACCUGAUUCUCUUGUCUCUUGUCGAUGUGCGAUGGUUGAUAAUGGCAGUAUCCCAGGGGAGCAAAACAUAGAUUUUGAUUGGAAUCGUCUACUUGAUGACGACAAUUUCUUAUUUGCAGCAGUGGACGAGGGGUUUUCGAAUCUUUCGCCGGAUUCAUUACCUCUGUCUAUCGGGGACAUCGAGGAGAUUUUGAUGCAGGACGAUGAUGCUGCUCCUGACGACUUCAUCUCAGAAAUACUUCUCGAUUCCCCAGCUCAGGCGUCGGCUCCUUCUGGGGAGGUGGUUGGGAUUGCGGAAUCGGAUCAUUCUGGAGAAGUCGUUGGGACUCCUGAUACCAAAGGAUCUAGCGGCUCCGAAGUCGAGGACGAUGGCAAGGGAAAGGAGAGGGAUACAGUGGAACGGGUUGACCAGUUUCAGCAAAAGGCGGAUAACGCUGUCGAGGUCCUCGCUGAUGACAAUGAUGAUUCGAUCGCAAAGAAACGCAAGCGACAACUAAGGAAUAGGGAUGCAGCGGUCCGAUCACGAGAGAGGAAAAAAACGCAUGUUAGGGAUCUUGAGUUGAAGAGUAAAUACUAUGAGUCAGAAUGCAGGAGGCUGGGGAUAAUGCUCCAGUAUUGUCUUGCAGAAAAUCAAACUUUGCGUUUUUCCUUGCAGAAUAGCAAGGCUGUUGGUGCCUCCAUGCCAAUGCAGGAGUCUGCUGUGCUCCUGUUGGAAUCCCUGCUGUUGGGUUCCCUGCAUUGGUUCCUGGGCAUCACAUGCCUGUUUAUUCUUUUGCCCCUGCUCCAGUCAACUCCACUGCGAGUUGUUCCCCAAGAAGGGCAAGAAAACAAAAAUCAAGGAAAGGUGGGAAGUAGGACUAAUAGAAUUUGGGUCAUCCAAUCCAUGAUGGGCAAGAGAUACAAGGCUUCAAGAUCGAGGAUGAAGUCCACUUCUGUUCCUGCACAAGUGCCCAUUGUUUGGGUAUGUGGAAUGCUGGCCUGGUGAUCAAUCCUUCUAAGGAUCCUUGUUAUUGGUCGAGGAUUCUUCUCAGCAGGGUUUUCUACAGUUCUAUUAUCCAGUUAGUGAUCAUUAAAAACUAAAGAGUAGUGUUGAGUUUCAGAGUUUGUAUGGUGUUCUAUCUUUUGAUUCCCUUGUUUAACUUAUCUUUUGAACCAACCCCCCUUAGUGAACUUAUAACUAUCUGUUGUCUUAUAGCAAUAAGAUGUUCUUGGCCCUAAACAUAGAAUUCUGUUAA